CAUAUCCCUUUGAAUAUACACAUACAAUUAAACAGCUUGAUUAACUAAUUUGUACCUCUAAGCCUUAUUUGAACACAUCUAAAUCUAGAGACAAAGAGAUAUGAAGUUGCAUGGGAGAACAUUUGUGAUCACAUUUUUGGUCAUACAUUGUGUCACGAUUUUAAGUGUUGCUAAAGAAUUUGAUUUUUUUUACUUUGUUCAACAGUGGCCUGCAUCUUAUUGCGAUUCAAGGCGAGGUUGUUGCUAUCCCAAAACUGGGAAGCCAGAAGAAGAUUUUAGUAUACACGGGCUUUGGCCUAAUUACAUCGACGGAACCUAUCCAUCUAACUGCGACUCAUCCAACCCUUUUGACGAUUCAAAGGUUUCAAAUCUUGAAAGUGUCUUACAAAAGCAUUGGCCAACACUUGCCUGCCCAAGUGGUGAUGGCUUGAAAUUUUGGCGUCAUGAAUGGGAAAAACACGGAACUUGUGCUGAAUCUGUUUUCGACGAAAGUGGUUACUUUGAGGCCGCUCUAUCCCUUCAGAAAAAAUCUAACCUUCUCAAUUCUCUCAAGAAUGCAGGAAUAAAACCGGCUGAUGGGAAGUUUCACACAAUGGAACAAAUCAAAGAUGCAAUAACAAAGGGUGUGGGUUAUGCCCCAUUUAUAGAGUGUAAUGUGGACUCCUCAGGAAACCACCAAAUAUACCAAGUGUACCAAUGUGUCGAUGCAUCCGCUUCUAAGUUCAUCGAAUGCCCAGUUUUCCCUCACGGACGACCCUGUGGAAAUAAGGUUGAGCUUCCUUCAUUUUCGUCUGCUUCAACUCGCGAUGAACUCUAGAGUCCUUUGAUACAUUUCAUCGUAUAAAUUCUUUAUUGGAUAUCUUGAUCUUACUAUUGGUGUACUAAAACAUCUAUAUGACAAAUUCUAAUAAAAGUAUCAUUAAUAGAA